AUGACUUCCCGGAAGAAUCGUGAUCAACUUGUCAUUGCGACCAAGUUUACUACGGACUACAAGUCUCAUGCACUAGGAAAGGGAAACGCACCUAACCACUGCGGUGACCACCGCCGCAGUCUACACAUGAGCGUGCGCGACUCUCUGCGUAAGCUCCAAACUGACUGGAUCGAUAUUCUGUACCUUCACUGGUGGGAUCAUACCACCUCUAUCGAGGAAAUCAUGGACAGCCUUCACAUUUUGGUGGAACAGGGCAAAGUGCUCUACCUAGGAAUCUCAGAUUCCCCUGCGUGGGUUGUGAGUGCCGCCAACACCUAUGCUCGAGCUCAUGGCAAGACGCCCUUCAGUAUCUACCAGGGCCGGUGGAAUGUGAUGCUUCGUGAUUUCGAACGUGAGAUUAUCCCUAUGGCGCGCCAUUUUGGGAUGGCCCUGGCACCUUGGGAUGUCCUCGGCGGCGGCAAGUUCCAGACCAAGAAAGCAUUAGAGGAGCGGAAGAAGAAGAAUGAAGGAUUGCGAAGCUUGACCGGCGCAGGCGAGCAGACCGAGGAGGAAGUUAAAAUGAGCGAGGCACUGGCCAAGGUUGCCUCAGAGCAUGGCAUUGAGUCUGUAACAGCUGUUGCUCUGGCCUAUGUCAUGCACAAGACACCUAAUGUCUUCCCCCUGGUUGGCGGCAGAAAGGUGGAACACUUACACGACAAUAUCCAGGCUUUGAAGAUUAAGUUAACACCGGAGCAAAUCGAAUACCUCGAGAGUGUCCGGCCACUGGAUGUCGGAUUUCCUAAUAACUUCAUUGGACCCGACCCGAAGGUGACAGGCCGAGCGUCUGGAUUGCUAGCAGCGAACGCACAGCUAGCCUUUGUGCCGGCAUCCAAACCUAUCACUCCGCCUUAA